CAAUUUAUAUUACAAAAUCUGAUCAUCAUCAUCGUUAUGUCGAAACCAUCCAACUCGCGGCCACCCUCGCGGCUCUUAAAACAUGCGACAUGGUCACCGGAUAUGCUUCGAGAAGAAGCAUGGCGGAGACGAAAGAACGAUCACGUCAGCCGCAGUAGCACCCUUCGGCUAACCAAGAGUGUCUCUGAGGAUGAUUUACAAGAACUCAAAGCUUGUUUCGAACUAGGCUUCGGCUUUGAUUCAGCCGAAACCGACCCGAAGUUAUCAAAUACUAUACCUGCUUUGAAGUUGUAUCAUGCUGUUAAUAAACAGUACAACGAUCAUAGCUUGUCUCGAUCCUCUUCUUCAUCCUCCAUUGUCUCUGAUAGCGGCAUUGCAAACACCACCGCCAUAUUUAAUCCAGCUGAGGAUUUGCCUGCGAAGAAGAAUCGGUUGAAACAAUGGGCGAAGAUGGUUGCUUGUGUGGCGCGUCAAUCUUCUUCAUCAAAGGGUUCGAGUUCUUCUCAACAAAUUGAUUAAUACUACCUAUUGGCAUCUCUGCAUACGCUCGAAGUUUGCAGGGAAAAAAGUGUCUGGAUUCAUUUGUGUUAUAAUAUGUUGAUACACAGUCAUGAUGGUCUCUUUCUAGUUUCUUUGGUUGUGUUUAGUUAUUGUAUUGGUUCUAAUUUUACUAUAAUAUACAAUAAUGUACAUUUGAAAAGUUAACAAAUAUCAAAUUAAGGUGUUGAUUUGAUUUAUCUUUGCUAGUGGUAGAUGCAAGCCUAGUUUAAAAGUCUCAAAAU